GAUCGAGAAGAGCAUGCUCUUAACAAGCAAGCUAAACACAAGCAAAUAUAUCAGUUUGAAAAGCACGCCAUUUUCAAGCAUGCUCAUACGCAUGCUAUUUUAUGAGCAUGUGUAUCUUUACCUUAUCUUUCGCGAUAUUUUGCCUGCUCAUAUCAAAUCAUAGAGUCAGUCUACUUGACGCCAUGUUUGCCGAGCCAUCUCUCCUGAUUGGCUUGUGAUCUGAUCGUAUAAAUCCUAACUGUGAUCCUAAAUGGACUGAAACCAAAUCUGAUUCUCAAUCGUAAUGGUCAACAGAUGGCGCAAAAUUCGGUUGACAGCUAGGAAGAUUGGGGUUAUAAAUGCGUGUCAGAAAAAACAACAAAAAUCCAAUUAACUUUAUUGUUAACAGUUAACUUGCAGUAACUCUUGCGAAAUAGUAAAAGUACAUCAACAAAAUGACUACAAAUGGCAAAGGAAAUGCUGAAACACAAUUGCAAAUUGCAAUUGGGAUGCUACUGCAAUCUGUCCGAGAUAAGAGCCCUGUGGUACUUGAAACUCUGAUGAACUCUAUCAGGAAACUAGCUGAAAAGCAUCCCAAUCAGGUGCUUCUAUCCUGCUGUCAGUUCUACUCCAAAACUCCGAAACCGCCUCCUGAACAUUUGGCCUCUAUUUUGAAAAUCAUGGAAAGGGUAUGCUCAGACCAUAUUAUGAAAAUAGAUGGAGAUACUAUUAUAAGCACAAUAGAAAUCAGUAUGAACCUGAUGACGGAAAAUGUAUACAGUGAACCUCUGAUCCAAAUCCCUGCUUCAGAAGUACUGGUGGCUUUAGGAAGACAACAUUCUGUGCAGGUGAUGGAUAGCUUACUGAAGAAGUUAACUGCAGGAAUUGUACCACAUUUUAUGGUACCUCGUGCAUUAGGUGCUAUGGCAAAUACAAAUGCGAUAGGAGUGGUUCCAUAUCUGAAAGAGAUAUUUAAUGUCAUAUUGCCACUUUUGGGUGGAUGUAGAUCUGAUCAUUUGAAACUAUCCUUUGCAUAUGCUAUUGGUAGUUUUUGUGAUGCCCUUGUUGAGUAUGUUUCGAACAAUGAAAAAGUGCCAGAUACAACAGUCACCAUAGAAAACUACAACUUAGAGAUAGGAAUGGCUUAUGAUGUGUUAUUCACUACUUGGCUGCUCUCCAGGGAUCCGAAAGUUGUUGAGAGUGUCUUAGAAGCAAUUGCUUCUAUAUACAGCAUCCUCACUACUGAGAAAGUUCUCCAACAGACGCCAAAAGUACUACAUAUACUGCUGAGUCUGUACAAGAAAAAUAUUAACGCUUAUUAUAUCACAAAAUGUUUGGAUGCUGUCAUAGAGAAAUCAGCAAGUGUAGAUGGAACAUUAUUGGAACCACUUUUACAAAACAUAUUGAAUACUUUAUUUGAUUUAGUAUGUGUGUCUCCAGACUAUGCCCAGCCAGCAUUAGUAAAGAGCCAUUCAGAAGUACUCAGAUGUUAUGAAUGUUUUGCUCUAUAUUUCACUGAUAGUACUGUAGAUCAUCUGUUGUCACAACUAAGAAAUAACAAUGAUAAGGAUAGAGUAAGAGCGUUAUUGGUUUUCACGCAUCUGAUAUCAUAUUCUGGAGAACAGUGUAUUAAGAGGAGAUUCAAAGAUAUCAUUAGAUUCAUCAGUGAAAUGCUCAGUGACCAUAGUAUCAGGGUUAAGAAAGCCUUGAUCAAGAUCAUUGUGGCUUUUUGUAAUAAAAAAGUUCUACUAGAUAAAACCUAUAAUCCAGAGGGAACUGGGAAAUAUAUGGAGUUCAUUAUAAAGAUGUGCUGUAAACAGGUUGUGCCAAAAAAUAGUGACAUUGAUAUCCAUGAACUGCAAAAUAUUCAAAAAUCUGCUGACAAUACUAUGUAUAUGUUAGUUACUUCUAUACCUGAAUUAGAAGGAAUUUUAUGGGACUUGCUGCUGAAAAGCUUAUUAGGGCCUUCUUUUGAUGACGCAGUUGUGAUUAUUUUGCGGUGCUUGACGCAUCUAGCCUCAAAGAAAGAAAAAAUCGAAAGUUGUGAAGUGGCAUUUGUCAGAUGUCUUGCUCUGCUUGCGAAUCCAUUGCCCAACUUCCGAGGCUGUUACAUUCUUAACUUUUUGAAGAAUAUAAAACCUUGUAACAUCGAUUCGUACAAAAACGUAUGGGAUACCAAAAUUCCUCAGCUCAUAAAAUAUCUAGAUCAGAAUUAUGAGAACUUCAAUAACAUUGAAUGGCAGGAUCUCCUAUUUGACUUCCUUAGCAUCCUAUUGGAAACUAUAAAUAGCGAGUCUUUUAAUGAAAUCAUAGUCUUUGAGGCUAGGAAACAACUUAGCACAUACAACAACAAUAGAAAUAGUGUCAAUGGUGACUUGGAAGUAAAACAGACUGAAAAGCAGUUUCUAUUAAAAUGUCUUGCAAUAGCACUAUGUAAUUUAAAAGAUAGAGAAACGGUACUUCAAACACUAGACAACAUCCUAAGCAAUGUGAAGCUGACGGAAUAUUCUGAGCUGCACACUUUUGCCGAGGCUGUCGGAAUUUGUUCCCAAUCGCAUCUGCAACUAGUGCUCAACAAACUGGCCAUGAUAAGAGAAGAAGUGUCCAAUAAGAAAUCGAAGUUCUUGCACUUUUUCAUUAAAGAUGCAAAGCAUGAACUCGGUAUCGAGAGAUUGCGGUACACGGUUAUAUGCAGUUAUGCAGAGAUAUGCAACGAAGCACCUUCUGAUAAGUUAUUGAAAGUCAUUGAAUCUGAGAUUUUGGAGUAUGUUAAUUUGGAGCUACAAAAUGCAAAAGAUUUCGUGAUGAAGAAGGUUUGCUUGAAAACGAUACUUGCUGUUGCGGAUGCUAUGCAUCCAAAUAGAAACACUCUACAUAUUAGGAUGAACGAUAGAGAUAAUGUGAUCAAGUUGGUUUGUUCUGAAAUGCAACUAACCAGCGAAUCUAUCGAACAAUUCCCACUGAUUAUGUCUACAGUAACAGCUUUAAUAAGACUGCCAUUGCCCAUCGAAUCAGAACUUAGAAUAAGUCUUCAAAAGCUAUUUUUCCAAUAUGAAUUCAACGCUUUGGCAACCUAUUGCAAAAUCAGUCAAGAAACAGACAACUACUAUGGCGAUUCUAAGUUAACUCCGCAACUAGUAUCAUGCCUCGCAGAGUUGAAAAAAUUCAUAGCGGAACUUUUGCUGCAAAACUUGUCACCUGCUGCUUUAGAUGAAACGGUAACGUUGCUCGAGCCAUGGUUAGGCAAGAAUAAACCUGAACAAAGAUUAGCUGCUGUGGAGACUUUGAAAACUGUGUUACAAACGUAUCUGGAUAACAUGAAGUUUGCUUAUGAUUGUCCAUCCACUUUUGGACAAACUGGAUUUCUAUUGGCUAAAGUGGUUCCUAGGUGUACAGAUUGUAAUAGAAAAAUCAGAAAGGUAGCAGUAGAGUGCAUAUGCCUCAUCUUAUGUAUAGCAGCCAGAUAUGAAGGACAUAUGAAAGAUCAUGACAAAGUUCUAAGUAAUUCUCUGCAGCAUAUUCAGCAACAAAUUGAUACAGAUGACCCAAACCUGCUAUACAACUUAACCUCUGAUCUGGCACACGUAAUGUGCAUCAACUUGCCACAAUUUCAACUUGUGCAUUUUGUAGAUGGACUUGUAGAAGCUCUCAUGGAUUGCGAAUCAUCUAGCUCAAAUGGAAGUAGUGUUGUUUUGUACAACACACUGAAAAGUAAAGGUGGUGAAUUACAGAGUCAUGUUCCGAACGUCUUAGACAAAAUCUUGAAACAGUUAUAUAAAAUCAAAUGUCAAAGAACGAAGUCUUCAGCUCUGAGGAGUAUCCAUAAUUUGGCAACUCAUCAUUCAAAAACAGUGUGUGGAAUUUUGUUGAACCAAACUUUACCUUUUGACAAUUUGAGUUCCGAAUGCUGGGCAAUACUAUCAACAGAUUCAACGUUAGUCCAAGACUUAUUAGACCAACUAAAAAGAAUCAUAAAGUCAACCCCACUAUAUGAAGAACAAAGUGGAAGUGGAACCGAAGUCAGAAUUGCUUCACUUCCAGCACUUCAAGCAGUAUGUGCUUUGCAUGAAUUGUUCAAAAACUCAAGUUUGAAGGAAGUAUGUCUACAUCAGUUUUCUGAGAUAUUUGCGCUUCUGUUGAUCACAUUGGCUUCUUACAUGGGAGUUUCACCACCUAGUGCACCAAAGAGUGAUAAGAAGGAAAAGUACACAUACUUUUUAAGGGAUGCGUAUAAGUUGAGUCCUACAAAAGUUGCUUUGGAAACUUUCAGAUACUUUCUCCAAUGCUGCGACUACGAGAAAACAUCAACCACCCUUCUUUUCAUCUCCGAAGCAGAAAAAUUGGAAGACGUCAACUUAUUCCUGGAAGUGGUGAAUGCAAUGGUGGAAAACAUCUGCAUUGAAACUCCUCAAUCCUUAUCCUGGCUGGUUGCUUGCUUGGGGCCCUAUAUAAGAGCCGAUUUAGAGCCUCAAAGAGUCGUGACAGUCGCAUUCUUCACCUUCUUGCUACGACAAGGUGCGAAUGAACAAAAUGUGCUGACAGAGAACCUGCUGGAGAUGAUCUUAGAUGUGCAGAGCGACCCCAGUUGUCUAGUGAGAAAGAUGGCAUUACAGGGACUUGGUUUUGCUGCUGAGAAUCUUAGUUACGAGUUGGUAUCACGGCACUGUAAUCCUAUACUCAGUGUGUUGAUGAAUAGCUUAGAUUAUAACAAUAUUGGAAAUGAAAGUGCAGUGAUUCUGGAAGGCAUGAUUAGCUUCUCAAAACUGCUAAAAGCAAUGGAAGGUUGCAAGUUCAGUACAUUCCAAGUAACUGCUGCGGUCAGGAUAAAGCCCCUCUUAGACCAAGACGACCUGAAUCUUCGCAGGGCCUCGUUCCAUCUUCUCGGUGAUCUGACGUCAUCCCUGAACUCUGAAGCGCAUCUUGAAGCUUUCAGGGAACAAGUACAAGGCAACCUUAUAACGCUUUUGCUGCAUCUGUGUGAUCCAGAUAUGUACGUCACCAAGGCCUGCAAGUAUACAUUAAGGAAGAUAGGACCAUAUCUAGAGAGUCCAAAAGUGAACUCUAUGAUCCAGGAACAUUUGAUUGACGAAGCUAACUUGCACUUUACAGACUUCAUUCGAGACUUAGUAAAAAUCAUGACUGAAGAACUGCAAGACUUAUUCCCGCUUCUGAUAAUGACCUGCCUAUCGUACCUGAAGAGCCAUUGGCCGGAAAUCAAAGGAAACGCGGCACUGAUAGCAGGUUUGCUAUAUUCGCACCUGACAGAUGAAAAUAGACACCGCGUCUCACUGGAUACCGUGUGUGACAGACUGAUGCGACUGUUGAACGAUGAGAAUGAAGAGAUUCGAAUGAAGUCUAUUGAGGCAAUUUCUUUCUUGUUUCUCAACUAACACUAGUUUGUUUCCGUAGUUGAUCCAUGAUCCUACAAGCCAUAGUCAGAUGUGAGCCUCCGAAGACAUAUGUGUGAAUCUUCCAUUUUCGCUUUGGGCACUCAAGAGGCCACACACUGAUUUAGUUAGUAUGAACACUUACACACACAUGCAAAUUGCAUACCAUUUUGCUCUAUAAUAGACAACAUUUUAGCUGGGAUCUAUUAAUGUCAGCCGGUCUUUCAACAUCUUGAUUUUCUCUCACAUGGGGAGAAUGAGGGAGAAGAUUGCAAAAUGUCAGACCGAAACGACGGUAAUCCAAAAAGUAUCAUCUAUUUUCUUAAUUACAAAAGCUUCCAAUAUUUUAAAGCUUAAAUAUUGGUCUACAUAAUUUCGAUUUCGGUCAACUUUUUUUUGUACACGUUCUGGCAGUUUUUGUGUACCAGGUCGCGUAAAUCCAUUCUCCCUCACAGUACAACCAUACUUGCUUUAUGACAUGGUUGUACUCGCAUCGACAAUGGACGCUUGGCGUAUUUCUGACAAACCACAGUGCAUUUCAACCAAUAGUGGAGUACGCAUUACUGCAAAUCUCUAACGGCUAUUUUCUGGGCACACUUUUACGAUGUUGGGUGGUAAAGAGAAGCUUAAACAAAAGCAUUUGCUAACGACCCAUUUUCUCUAGUUUUUGGGAAAUUAAAAGAAAAAUGUUUAUUUUGAUAUUAUGUUUUUAACUAAUGGGGAAAAAAAAUUAUCGAAAGGUUUGGUCAGUAUUUAUGACUAUUUUGAAGUCGAUAUUCGUUGAUUAAAUAAGUAAAAAAAAGAAAAAAAGUGUUACAAAAACCCUUAUAACUUUGUUAUUAACACGUUCACUGCCACGUUGGUCCUAUAGGACCAACACUCAUGUUGCCUCAGCAGGCCACAUUGGCCCGAUGGGUCCAACAUAUAUUUUGCCUUACCAGGCUAUGUGGGUCCCAUGGGGUCAACGCAUUUUCUAAUAGCUGCUGGGCCGUUGGCGCAUAUUUAACUAUGUACGACUGUAGAAAUGGACCAACAUGGCCUAGAAGCUAUAGGCCGCACAUAUAAUUUCUUAGAUUUUUCCAUAAUGAGAAACGUGGUCCCUAUUGGAACGCGGUACCUAUACAAGCAUGAUACAAGGAGGGUUCUGGCUUUAAAAUAAACUUUAUUUGACCAACAAAUAUAUUUACAUGAAUAAAAUAACAUUAAUCGUUAUACAAAAAAAAAUAAAAUAAACAUGGUAUCUUAUUUAGUGAUUAUGAAGUAUAUUAAAACAAGGUAUGCACAAAAAUGGUUCGUUCGCACAUCUUUUACAGAACGUAUCUACCUUUUUAGUUUUGUUCAUGGCAUAUUGGCGCCCAUGUUUUUCACUGUUCGUCUUGUAACAGUUUUUGUACAUCUUUCUUCGUUGAUGUUUGCUUCCAUCUGUUUUCACUUCAAUGACGCGAUGAACAAUGGGUGUAGGUAUUUGUUUUUCUGAAUGACUCUCUGCAUUGUUUGUCACUAGAUGCUUUAUAAUGUGCUUUUUAAAAUCUCUCACUGACAUAUUUUCUCCAGUUACAAGCUUAUAUAAAAUAUAAGAAUUUACCAUAGAUGUCGUUAAGAAAAGUUUGAAAGCCACUUUCCUGUACCACUUCACGCUUUUUCUUAGAGGAUUUGAGUAUGCCCCCAGUUGGUCGGAUAAAUCAACUGCUGCUUUGCCUUUAUUAUAGUCUAAUACUACUUUUGGUUUCAUCUUAGUUUGCCGAUUACAUGACACUUCUUGCAUGUCAUUUCCAUGUUUAGUGGAUAGGAUAUAAAUAUUCCUUUUAUCUCUCCAGUUGCUGAUGGUUAUGCCAGCCUGGUUUCCAAGAGAAAUUAUUUCUCCUUUUUUUAACUAUGCAUUUAUCACUUCUUUGGGCAAACCUUCUCGUGUUUUUCUAAUUGUUCCUACUAUUGGAAUCGAGCAUUUUCUCUGCCAAUUCCAAACUUGUAUACCAACUGCCAGUUGUAAGUGUCCUUCCUUGAUGUAGCAAGUCGUCAAGAAGAUAACGUAGGAUACGUUCUGGAGUGACCUUCUGAUUAUUCUCUAUUCCUGCAUAUAUUUUCAAGUUAUAUGUAUAUCCAAGAUCAGAACACACUUUAAACAACUUCACGCCAUAUUUAUGUCGUUUUGAUUUUAUGUAUUGUCUAAAGCCCAAUCUUCCCCUAAAUGGCAAGUGUCUCAUCGACGCAGAUGUGUUUAUUUGGAACGUAUAGCGACUUGAAAUUAGCCACUAAAAUUUCUAUUAGGGGCUUUAGUUUGUACAAUUUAUCAGAUUGGUCUGCCAAUGAAUUAUCAGUAAAAUGAAUCAUUCUCAACAAAAUCUCAAAUCGAUUCCUUGACAUGACUUUCCUUGCAUAUUGAUUAGUGAAAAUUGUAUCAUUGCUCCAGUAGUCGGCAAUUUUUAGCAUUUGUACCAAACCCAUCCAUGCAACUAAUCCCAAAAAUUUUCUGAUUUCAGUAUUUGUUGUCGGAAUCCACUCGUGCAAGCGAGAGCUUGGUUUUGCAUCUGUACGCAUAAGAGUCUGUGUUGCGUACAGAUUUGUUUGAUCACAAAUCAUGCUGAUAACUCUGUUGUCGACGACGGCGUCACAGAAAUCUCCCGGUUUACCAUGUGCCAGUAAUGCAGCUACUUCCGAUUUUACUCCUGACUCGAUCGUAAAAUCUGGUAUUUUUUUAUAGUUACCUGCUAAUGGGCCCCAAUUCGAUAAAGAAGGCAUGUUUAAGUUCCGUUGUGGAUUUCUGUCAUUUAAAUCCAGAUCUGUGUUCUCUUCUGGAUCUAAAUUAUAUGCUGGGUCUACGUUUGCUUCUGAUACUUCGCAAGGUUCUUCACCUAAGUCCGCUUAAGGAUCAAUAUUCGGUUGGACAGUGCUUGGGUAUGGAUUUAAUUUUACUUUUUUCCUCGAUACAUACGUUUGUAUGUUUCUUAUAGAUUCUGAAUCCGAUGUUGAGCUCGAGUCUGACUCUGAACUACAAACAUAAUCACUCUCAGAAGCUUCAAAUGGAUCCGAAUCAUCGUCGUCGGAGAAUUUCCCAAAAUUGUCGGCUAUUUUGAGUAGUUCACUUUGAGACAAAGGUCUCGUACGUUUAGACAUCUAUAAAUACAUAGAAUUAAAACAAUAUCUAUCUACUGAACUAAUAUAAACUACUUACGGCUAUUAUUCUUCUCAAGAGCAGGAUAAAUUAACUUCUCAAACUGAUUGUUGACAUAUUAGAAUAUAGGUUAUGUUACGCGUCAACGGACCAACAGCGCAUGACAGUAUUAACACAUUCACUGCCCAUACCCAAAUACAUGUUGCGUCAGGUGCCACUCAAGUUUUUUUAUAUAAUAAGAUAAAUUAUGUCAAAUUGGGGUUUUAAAUGGAUCCGAUGAUGCCAUUUUACUUUUUUCUUUUUGGAAAAAACAAAAACGCAGCGGGCGCGUUGUGGGCACAGGUCACGAGUCAAACUACAGUUGGUGCCCAUAACCGCGCUAGGCGCGUUCAUCUCAUCUCUAUAGGUAAAUGAAACAAAAUUGGUUACAUUUUAUUUGUUUAUUUUUAAAAUAUGUAACGGGAAAUAAAUAAAAUGGUUAUUUUUUUGCGUGAUAAACCCUAAAACAUGGUGUAAGACAGAAUCCAGGGCCGCCAGGACACUGAGGACAAUAAUAGACCGAAUCCUUUCUCUGACCAUAAGACCAACAAACAUUGCACCUCCUCCUUUUAGCCUUUCCAUUUUCUCCUUUUGGACAAUAUUCUGGAAGGUGCUGAAGAUUAAGCAUAGGUACGGGAUCUGGUGGUUGUGGUCCAAUCAAUUUUCUAAUAACAUCUAAUCUGAAGUCAUACAAGCUUUUGCGACUUCCAGUGCCUUUCUUAUACAAAUAAAAUGAAUUCAGCAACAUGAUUUGAAAUAUGUGGACGGCCAGUUUCUUGUACCAGAUAAGAGUCUUAUGUUCGCAUUAAUAGUAUGCUAACAUUUGAUCGCAAUGAUCAAUCCCUGCCAUAAACUUAUUGUAUGCAUUUAUCAUCAUCGGCUUCAUCACCACUUGACCACGUUGAGUAGUUACUUCCUCUAGUUGUCCACUAAAUUCAUUUGAAAUAGCUAAAAUUCCCUCGGUAUUGAAUUGAAUAAUCAGCUCGCCCUUCUUUAAUUUCUUGGCUAAAACUUCUGGAGGGUUCCCCCUUCUAUUUGAUCUCAGAGUUCCUGUGACGUAUGUUUUUUUAUCUAAUAAAUCCUUGGUCAAUUUAACGCUGUUAUAAAAGUUGUCCAUGAACACUGAAUGACCAACUCCUAGGUAUUCUUGUAGAAGCGAUAGGACAACUUUUUCUGGCUGAAGAGAACCAGAUAAUUGAGGAUCAGCAGCUCCUGAAUAAACGAUUAAUUUCAAGGUUAAUCCAUUUGGUUCACACAAGACAUACAACUUUAUGCCGAACUUGUGCCGUUUUCCUUUGAUAUACUGGCGAAAUUUUAACCUCCCACGCCAUAACACCAUAGACUCAUCAAUCGAUAAUUCCCUGUUGGGAUAAUAAAUAAUCUGCAUUCUGUGGUUGAAAAAGUUGACAAAUGGAAGAAUUUUUCCCAUUUGUGUGCGAGGUAUCUGGAUAUCGAGGUUCUCAAAAUGCAGCGACCUCAGUAUUAAUAAAAAUCGAUUACGACUCAUAAAUGUUGAAAAGGCUUGCAUGUUAAACAGAUAGUCUUUUUUCCAGUAGUCGUUAAUUCUGUUCACUCGAAUGGUUCCCAUAUGAAAUAAUAGUCCAAGUAACGUUUUUAAUUCGUCUCGCGUUACGUCCAUCCAACGACUAAUCCUCGAUUGAUCUCCCUCGCUUUUGGCAAGUAGCUCCACAGCAUGCGCGUUAGCUUUGGCAGAAAGAAAAUCAAAAAACUCUUCUGUGGCAAUCAGGUUAAAAUAAUCAAUUGGCUCUAUUCCUUUUGAAUUAACAAGAAUAUCUGAACCUCCUGUAAAUGGGAUUUUUGGACUAUGUACUUCUUGGUAAGACCACUGCGAGGUAGUAGCAACAGGGGUACUCGGCGCAACUGGCGGACCUGGCAUAACUGGAGUACCCGGCCGAGACUGUUGAUCAAUCUCCUCAUCUGAAUCGCUGGUGCUGCUAGCAUUAUAUUCAGGAUCGUCGUCACUGUCGUUCAGGAAUGGAUCUUCUUCUAUAUCUGAUUCUUCCACAAUUGUACGAAGUUCAUCAUCUGUUAGAAUCUGCUGCUUGUAUGUUUUGUUUGUCCUCUGUUUCUUCAUACAUGGUUCAGUGUCUUGUGUUGGUACAGGCAUUUGAUCUAUGACAAUCUGUAAUACAACCAUAUCUUAAUGUAAAUGUAUGCACCGUGCCCAGCAACGCGCCUGGCGCGGUGACCUAGUCGGACGGUGCAUGAUCGGCUCUCUAUAUCAAUAUUUUAGAAUAUAUAUUUAUCAUCACGAACGUCUAAUUAUCAUUUUAAGUAAUUAUAUUAUACGACUCACCUCUUGAAAUUCGACAACACAAUUAUUUCUACAAAAUAGGUGAAAUAAAAAAAAAACACGUGGUGUCUCUAAACCAACCACUUUGUAUGGAAACAAAAUCAGUACUGAGCGUGCCCUCGCCAUAUUCAGACGUUUACAGCCUGGUCCCCCCACUCAAGUGAUCGUUGAAUCUUAGCGGUAAGGCCUUGUCCAGGAAGGGCGAAUUCGCCGCGAUUCUCUCGCGCGUGUUUCGCGCUACCGUUGCGUCCACACAUAGCGUACCAACGCGCAAGCAUUCAGGGAGGAAUUCAGUACGAAACAUGGAGUUGAACGAAGCGGUCUCGUUGUGGUUAGCUUACCGUCGCUGGAAGAGACAGAAACGGAGGGAAAAUAGAAUGUAUUUAGUACAUCCAAUUCUUCAUGAUAGAAUGACCCAUAGUAUGUUUGAAACUUUGUAUCCAAAAUUAAGACAACAUGAGAAGAAAUUUUUUAACUACUUUCGUAUGUCCGUGAAAUCGUUUGAUGAUUUACUCUUAUUAAUUGGAGAAGAUUUAUUGCCACGUGCAAAUUAUGUUCCGCGCGAGGAUGUUGUUUCACCAGAACAGAAACUCGUGAUAACUUUAAGGUAAGUAGUGUUUUAUUCAUAAUCUCUUAUAUUACUAACACAGUCUUUUAAAAUAAAAAAAUAUUCUUACUAAUAAAAACGAACUAAAUGUAGUAUGAGAUUAAAUAUAAUAAUUAAACAAUGUCAUGGUUUUGGAAGAGGUUAAGACAUUCACUAUCCUGAGAAUCUCUUGAUGAUGUUGAUGGGGAAUUUACGUAUAAUGCUGCCUGUGAAGAUCCUGGCACUGAAUUAGAAUUGCGGCCUUGCCAAGUUGUUACGGGUGGCGUUUCUGGGUCGUAUUCUUGAAAAGUAAAUUCAUUUGGUCUUGUAGGUUGUGCAUGGUAUCGAACCGGAAUUGAAGUUGAAGAUGAAGCCGAACUGUUAGAAAAGUACGAAUACAAAUUGUUUGAAUACACAGUUGAUUGCGAAGAUUGUUGAGCCGCUUGCAAAAUUUUCAUUGAUUCAAUUUUUACUGCUAUACGAUUGGCCUCAGGUACCUUAAGUAAUUCUUUGUGUAAAGAUAAGCAGAACAGUUUGUCAUCGUCACCUUCCAUUACGCUGGAAAGCAGUGGCUGUUGUUGAUUCCUAGAGCUUCUAUUUUUGUUAAUUAUGUUCAGGACUUCAGCAUCAGCGGCAGUCAUUUUCUUUCUUUUAAUAUUUUGAUUCGGCGGCCUCAUUAUGUCUUCCCUUGCAUCUGCUGUAGACUCUUCGUUACCUGUCUCUGAGUUUUCUGAGGUGUCUUGAAUAUUGCUUUCUGUUUUUUUAUUACGUACUGACCUUUCGAGAAACAUAAGACGUUGAAAAUAUAUAUAUUGAAUCUUCGAAGCUCCAGAGCCUGAUGGUGCAUUCUUUGUUUUUUUCAUUUCACGAACAAAUUCUGUCGCGAAUGCCUUUCCACUUUUUUUGAAGAGUAUUACCUGAAAUUAACAAUUUUACAAUAAUUUUCAAUUUUGUUUCAGGUACUUAGCAACUGGCUGUUAUUUUGCUGACUUACAUUAUGCCUAUAGAUUAGGAAAAUCAACUGUAAUUGACAUCGUUCAAAAAACUGUGUAUGUUAUUUGGAAUAAGUUAAAAGAUAUAGUAAUGAAAGAACCUUCGACAGAAGAGUGGAUGGAAAUUGCAAGAGGAUUCGAAAAAUAUACACAUUUUCCUAAUUGCAUUGGAGCAGUUGAUGGGAAACAUAUUAGAAUUAUAAAACCUUUAGAUUCCGGCUCUAUGUUCUACAAUUAUAAACAUUUUUUUUCGACUGUGCUGCUUGCCGUAUGUGAUGCAAAUUAUUGUUUUAUCUCUAUAGAUGUUGGAGCAUGUGGGAAGAGCAAUGAUUCAACGAUUUUUAAAAACUCCACAUUCUUCAAAAAACUCACGGAACAAUCUUUGAACAUUCCGGGACCAAAACCAGUCUCAGAAAUUCGUACAACACGUUUACCUCAUGUUAUAGUUGGAGAUGAGGCAUUUAGCUUAUCAGAACAUAUUAUGCGACCAUAUUGCGGCAAGAAUUUAACCAAAGAAAAACGAAUAUUUAAUUACCGCCUCUCUAGAGCAAGACGUUAUAUUGAGUGUUGUUUUGGAAUCCUGGUAAACAAAUGGAGAAUAUUUCACAAACCACUCAAUGUACAUAUUGAAUUUGGGGAAAACAUAAUUAAAGCUUGUUGUGUUCUUCACAAUUACGUCAGGUUAAGAGAUGGAUACAGAUACGAAGACACAUUGUUUGAAACAGCUCUAGAUGGUCUGAGUACGACUACAAUUCGACCUGGUGUAAGGUCUCGAAACACGAGGGAUAUAUUCGCCGAUUAUUUCAUGAAGGAAGGUCGACUGCCGUGGCAAGAAAAAAUGAUCUAAUUUUCUUUUUUUGUUACUAAUCAAUAAAUUAAUAAUAAUUACGUACCUAAAUCUUUCUUUUUUUCCUCGGAGUCAUCUUUAUCAGAAAAUACUGACACCAGUUCUUCCCAAGACCUACGUUUUAAAAUCCUGUUUGCAUAAUCAGGUGAUUCCAAAUCCCAUAUCGCCGGUCUUUUUUCUAUUUCGUCUAUAAACAAUUCCGUGUCAAAAUUUUGGCGCUCCAUUUCCCUCGAUACGUGCACUCGCUCUAGAGUUCGUGCGUUAACUGGACGCAACAAGGCGUUCCCUAGUAUCUCGACUCGCGCGCAAUACGCGCGAGUCGAGAGUCUGGCGUAGUGCACGCGAUUUACGCGCGUAUUUUGAAUUCGCGCGAUGCUUGUGGACGCGACGUAUUGAUAUCAAGUAUCUCACUAACGCGCGAAUGAUUUCGCGCUAAACGUUUCGCGGCGAAUUCGCCCUUCCUGGACAAGGCUUAACGGAACGCGCCCAGCGCGGUGUGGGCACCUGGAGGUGAAGCAAGUAAACGCGCUACGCGCGUUCCGGGCAUCGGAUGUGUUAACUUACCUCACUGGGCCGCGCUGCCCCGAUGGGAAUAACGUGUUUUUUAUAUGGUGGCCCACUAGUGCUGAAUGUAGAAUAUAUGUUUGGCGUAUUGGACACAUGUUAAAAAAUAUGUCUGGCAGCGAACGUGUUAAUAAUUUAUUUAUAAUUUUAAAAUAAGUUAUUCUAUAACAUUAACCCCUUAUUGCAUGAUUUUUUUUAUAGAAAAAUAAUAUAAAUAAGAAAAUUAUCUCAGAAUUACGUAAAAAAUAUCAAAAAAAUUAUUUCUGGGUCAGUUUUUCCGAAAAUCGAUUAUUUUUUUGGUGUGCCAUAUAUGGCACAAUAUGCAACAAAGCAACAUGUAUCAAUAAUAAAAAGAUAAUUGUAAGGGCAUAUUUAUUUAUAAAUAAAAUUAUUCUAUAUGAAACCUGUAAAAACAAUUUCUGUCUUUGUUUAAGCACAGAUAAACAUUACAUUUUUCGCAUUUUAUAUAACUUUUUGCACCGCAAGUAUAUUUGCAUCGUUGUCUCUCCAUACACCAUUUUGGAAGAUGACCAUAUCCAUCUGCUCGAACAUCUUGCAUUGGAACAUCAGUCGCUGGACCCUUUUUUGCCCUAUUUUGUGAAUUUGCCGUAGCUUCACUUGGACGGCCUCUUUUUCUAGUAAAUCUGGAUUUAUUGACGUUACACAAGCAUUCUGCUACUGCCAUUUUGAAAUGUACUAAAGCUAAAUCACUGAACUCCUUGCCACUUUUUCUCCAGAGUAUCCAUGCAUUGACAGUCAUCAAAUCAAUAAUAUGAAAAAAUAUGCGCAUCUGAUUUUGAUUCUAUAGUAUCCCAGCAUGGAGUCCAGCAGGUCCACACCUCCCAUAUACUUGUAUAUUGUUAUAGAUUUUGGACAUGGUAUCAUUAUAUGUGUUUUAUCCAUUUUUGAAAAUCGCUUGACCUCGGCUGUUGGCGUACUUCCAGCAUAUGUCGAUAAAGUGCUUACCAACUUGUUGUCAUACCAUGUAACAACAGAUAGUUUGGUGCCAUCAACUGUAGCGAUUUUCUCUAACAUAGCUCCACGACCCUCUUUUUUUAGUUCACUCUCUUUUGGCAUAUUAGAAUUUGGCACUGUGUUUAUUCUUACUGUUCCUAGUGGUAACAUACCCUGCUUUGUCAGAUAAAUUUGUAAUGGGAUGCUAUUGAACCAAUUAUCAAAAAAUAUUUUGAGAUUUAUGUGUCUUGGCACUGUUUGUGUUAGCCGGGGUACUACAUUCGAACUUACUCCCAAAUCAGGAAAGCCAUCCGGUACAGUAUUAGUUUGACUUCCAGCAAAUAUUUCAUAGUCAUAUGAAAAUCCGCUAACACCACUCGGUACAAACGCUUUAUAUCCCCAUUUAUGGGGUUUCUGUGGAUUAUAUUGUUUCAGCGUCGAACGUGAUUUUGUAGGAAUAAUCUGCUCAUCUAUGGCAAGAUAUUCUUCUUUUGGAACUUUGAGUAACUGAUCCCUUAGUUUACUGAGUAACGGCCGAAUUUUGAAAAGUUUAUCACGUCUUGGGUUGCCGACAGCAAUAGCGUCAUUAUUAUUUGAGAAAUGUAAAAAUCUUUUUAUUUCCUCCCAUCUGUUGCAUGACAUAACAUCUGAUAUCAAUCGGUGACUUAGGUUCAAGUUCCAAUAGCUUCAAGCAUUUGGUAGCUGCACUAUUGACAUAUAAAUACAUGUCCCAAUGAACUGUUCUAGCUCCUUUUCAGAAAGAUCUAAAGGUUUUUGUGGUCUUUUUUGCACUGAAUAUAAAAUACUUUGGUACACUAUAUCUUUGGUCAAUUCAUCUCUUAGAAAGAACUUGAAAAAUGUGUAAGGGGAGUCUACUCCCUUCAUUUCAGGAGGCAAGUCUGUAGUACCUAAAAAUUUCAGAUAAUCGUCUGAUGAUACUAAAUUUCCUUGAGUCCAGGUAGGAUGAGUAUGUUUUUUAUUCUUCUUUAGCCUGCGUCGCAAUUCAUCUAGGGAAACAUCAUCGUCCUCGCUAUCUGAACUGUUUUCUAAAUCGGUUUCUGGGAUAAUAAUAUCUGGUGCAUUAUUAUUUACACCAUCACAUUCAUAGUCAGAAUCCGGGGCCAAUAUAAUGGUUGGAUUAUCAUCGUCUGAUAACUGUUCAUCAUCACUAUCCACUGGUAUAUCUGAUACAAGAUUUUUCGAACCAUAAAAAUUGUGUGGCUCCAUUACCUUGAAAUAAAUAGAACUUAAAAUAAUAAGGUUCAGAAUGCAUGUUGUGCCAUAUAUGUCCAAAACAGUUUUGCACAAAAGUGCAUACUGUUCCAUAUAUGGCACAAAUACAUUUUUGGUCAAAAAUCAGUAAAAUAUAAAGAAAUACUUGAUCUACUCACAGGAAUGCUUUAUAUAGGUUGUAUCCUAGAUGGUGCUAUUUUCAAUAAUCCAAAAUGUCCAGUAGAAAUCUCCAACUUUGCAGAUCAAAAUUCACAACCUUUAGCAUCAGCUGUUUCUUGACCACCAUUUGCAAAUUUUCAUAAAACUUCACAAUGCCGCGUUGAGAUGGCGUUACAUUGCCAGGUAUGAUGGACUUAUGCCAUAGAUGGACAGUUAUGCAUAAGUAGUUGAGCAUGAUGCGUUUUGUAAUGGAUAAAUUGAAAAAAAUAUAACUGUGACAGAUAUGACCCACUAUGCAGUAAGGGGUUAAGUAUAACACCUUGUUUAAAAUAUAUAAUCAGAUAUAGGUACAGAAAAAUUGAGAACUGAUGCAACAAAUUAAUGUAUUUUCGCGUUUGGUUUAUUUUCCUUAAUAUUUUGGAUAAAUUAUGAGUUCUUUUAGUUUGUCGGGCUUUUUUCGAUUUCUUCUCCAUAUUUGUGGGUCGACCUGCUUGAAUUCUAUUACUAGUCUUUGGUGAACCUCGGUUCUUACGUCUGGCUAUAGGUGUUGGUUGAACUCGAAUCUUUCUGAACCGAAUAAAUGCAUUUACUGCAGCAUUUAAUGCCUGAGUUGGGGUAUGAACAUUUUUUAAUAAUAAGUUUAAUUUUAUUAAAACAGCAGUGGCCUCUGGUGAAGAAUUUUCUUCAAAAAUAUAACUAUUCUGUUGAAUUCUUCACGAAGUUCCUCGACAACUUUUUGAUGGUAAGAGGGAUCAUCCACCAAAUUGUGAAUAGGAAUUGUGACACUUUCUUGGAUACGUGAUGUCGUGGCAGUUUCUUCAGAUGAUUUAUCAGGGGUUCUCAAGGGAUGAUCAUCUUCCAUAUUUUUGAAAAAAUCUAUAGGAGCGUCAGUCCCUACAGCUAUUUUAGCUAACUUCACUCUGUCUUCAUAAAAUAAGGCUGGAGAAUUUUUUAUAAGAAAUCCACAAUGCUGUUCUAAAACACAAAGAUGCUUACAGAAUGCUCCACUUUUGCCCUGAGGGCAGUCACAAAAUGCAAUACAACAGUAUAAUGUAAUAACUUGUCUGUCGCCGAUGCUACAUGGUAUAAGUUUUCUUCAAUUUUUAAAAUGUGUUUUGCUUUCACACAAAAAUUUUUGUAAUCUAUUUGAUGUUUGGUUCGCUGUGAGUUUGCAAAUUCAGGUAAUCUUUGUUUAUAGUAUUUUUCAAAUGUGGUACCAAUAAAAUCGACCAGUGCACAACUAUUGAAAGCCUUGCAACGUUCUAAAAUGACGUCCUUGAAGAUACGAAUAGACGCUUCAGUAUAAUUGUUCAUAUUUAUUUCCUCUGGUAAGUAAUUUGCUUCUGUAGGUAAUACACCAUUCUAAUAUUCUUUUCCAUAACUUUGUAAAGUGUUCUUUUACCAAAUUAUUAUUAGCUAUUUUCUCACUUGAUAUUGAAGCACAGAAAUUUUCUUCAGCUUCUUCCGGUGUAUUAGAAUACAAUACAUCUCUGAACAUCUGCAUAAUAAUGCGCCUGUUUUCUUUGGGAACAUUAUGAUUUGCCAUAGCCAUAUCCAUUGGGCUGUACAAAGUAAUAGAUUAGAAGUUGGAAAUGUAGCUUUUAAUGCAUUUCGCUCUGCUGCGCUAUCGUCUGUCAUGAUAACUUGGGGACAAAACGCCUUCCCGCUUAAUUCCAGUGUUUUUUUAGCUGCAGAAAACGCCAAUUUGUAGUUUGAUUCUGUUUGAGCGGUGUGUAGUAUACAGGCAACAGGUAAUGCCCCAAUUUUACUGGCUGUAAACAUAAAUGUAACUCAUGUAUUUGUUUGGUCACAUGACCCGCUGGAAUCUAUAAAAACAAUUUCAUUCGAAAAUUCUUCGGCCACAGAAAUAGGGUAUCUAAUCCUAGUUUAAAUUAAAAUUUCCAAGCUUCAUUUUACUAUUCUAAUUUUAUCUAAAAUUUCGUUGCAUAAUUGGGGUAACAAUAACUAUUAAAAGAGGAUUUUCUUGUAAAACUACUUUACUACCAGCUUUCUCAAAUUCUGAAAUUUUUGAAUGCAGUACCUGUAUAACACUAGUCUCUUCACGACUACCAUAUUCAGAUGUACGCCAUUUAUCGUAAAGAUAGUUUACUUGUCUUUGCGUUGGAUUUAUUCGCGUAUUAGCUAACAUGGAAGAAAUGUCGCCUUCCUCGUUUUCAAGUAUUUUUAUCUCAUGAUAAGCCUUAGAUGCAGACGGCGUCAUUCCAGAUUUAAAAUAUGAUAUAAAUGUCUCUCUGGUACUAUUAUUCAUUCUUAAAUAGCUAUAAGCUUCUGCAACGUGAACUUUGUGAGAAUGGUAGAAAUUAAUGUUUUUAAUUACAUUUUUCUCUCUUUUAAUAAAGGAUCGUUUCUAAUUGUCCCGAUUUAUUUUUUUAAAUUUAAGGUCAAUAGUUGCACCACAUUUCUUGUUCCUGUUUCUAGAAUCUACCCUUCACCGCAUAACUACCUUAAUUACCUCUGCAUGCUGGCAUGAAUAUAUUUUUCGAAAUAAGUAUCGUGUAGGAUUUGCAAAACGUCUUUUAGUAAUCCAGUUGCUAUGAGUCAGAUCAGAAAAUUUUGAUACCCAAUGUCAGACUGCUCCAUCUUUCUCCAUCUACUAGUUUACAUUGCAAAGCGACUGUAAAUUGCUCAUUAGUUACAACUUUUAUCAUUUUUAUAUGCAAGUCUAUGCAUAAUUUCUUUAGAAUAUCCGUUGUAUUUUUUCAGCCAUUUGGUGAACUCUAAAUGGAAAUAAAAUAACGAAAACAUAACAGGUGAAAUAUAAAUUUUGUUACGAUUUAGUUACCAAAGAACUCACGAAAACACAGUAGUAAAAUAAUAAGGUUAACUAGACAACACAAAUAUAUAGGUGGUUUUGCAUGUACGAAUAUACUCUGCCGUUUAAAUAUGUAAUGAAUACACAGCUGACUAAGUAAACAAAAUAAACAUCUAAAAAUUCAAUUCCACACAUUAACCAUACUUUUCAUUCUUCAAGCUCAUUCAUCAACUAAUUAUGGCGUAAUUUAGACGUUGCCGUGCGCCUAGUACCACACAGGGAGAUGUCUCCGCGCAAUGACUAAUUACUUGCUCUAUUCUCCUAACUGAUACAACUCGCGUCUAUGGUUGUGUUGUACGGGACAAUGGAUUUACGCUACCAGGUCAUACCAACUCGACACCAGGUCCCACUUUUAGACUGUUGCAGAAGAGCGGCGCUCGGCGUACACUUUGUCGUGAAGAAUGCUUACACCCUUACAGAGUUUCUUUUCAGUAUAUCACAGCAUUUAACUUGAUCUGCCCCCAAGCUGAAAAACUUCCGACGACAACGUAGAGGAUGAGGCGAGCAGCGAGCAGGUAUGACCUAGCAUCCAAAAACUGUCCGAAAGUCUACAAAAAUACAUCGAAUGGAAUGGCAGUUAUGUAGAAAAAUAUACCAAUCUUCAAUCAAUAUAAUGAUGCAUCAGUUAUUGCAUAUAGUUUCCGUGCUUAGAAAAAACAUACCUUUCUUUUGGGAACGCCCUCGUGCUUACGACAAAUCUCUGAAGCAUCUUAAAUGCUUAUUUCCAUUUCUCCUUUAAGGGUCGUAUCGUCAAUCGUUCCUACAAUAAAUAAUUGUAUGACGGCUUUAUGGCCUCCUUGAAUUUCAUAAAAUUUUACUAUUCCGUGUCAGCGCUCUAUGUUGAGGUUAUGUUACAAAAAUUUAUUUGCAUCAAAUUGUUCAUGAUUUUGAUUUAUAUCAUCUGUUUUAUCAUCCUGACAUUUUCUACAAUUCGAAAAGAAAACACCUCACAAUAGGAGAGUGCUGACCCUGACAAGGAACAGCAAUCUAGAAAUACCCCAGCCUUCUUGAAGGAGAGAAAAGACUAUGGAAAUCGAGGAGGCCAUAAAGGCGUUCUACAAUUGUAGGAACGACUGACGAUACGGCCUUAAAUGGCAUCGAUGUUAGAGUUCGCUCCCGCUAGGCGGCGCUGGUGUACUUGGAGAUGAAACUGUGAAACACCUAUGGUAAAACACAGGUUUGAUAGAAAGUUAAUGUGUUUAUAACCUAAGACAUGACGUGACAUCCAAUCUAACUAGCGUCAUCUACUUCUAGUCUUCCAGAUUACCCCCCAUUAGAGUAGGAUCUAAAUAUUGGUCAUUUCAUAAUAAUAAUGAUUAGGAAAUUACUCAUUUAUUUCACGAUGAUUCAAUUCUAUAUUUGGUAUCUGUUUUUUUAUGUCAUAGUUGAUUUUAUAUUGCAAUUUUUUACAGAAGGUUGUAGAUCGUAGAAUAAGUACCUGAAAAAAUAUGAAUUUUUAAAUUUUGUUGUUUGACAUGCAAUGUAGAAAUGCAAUGUGGUAGCUUUAUGAUUGCUUGUCUGAGAGUUGGAUAAUGUGAAACUAUAUUAUUUUAGCACCGCAGAUUCUUUUGAUUUUUACAUAUUUAUCUAUAUUAAUUAUCCCAAAUAAAGAUAAAUAUGCAAGUGUAAUUAUUAGGUAUUAAAUAUCUCUACCAGUUAGAAUAUUUUGAGCCUUAAAUACAUCACUAUUCUUAAAUUAUAAAAAGUUUAGCAUAUCAAAAUGUUAAAUCUGCAGUUAUUCCUUGGCUACUAAUUGUAAAAUAACAUUUUCUGUUUGGUAGAUCAGGAGCAAAAAUCGUUUCGAAUACUCUUGUGGAGUCACUGCCUAAUCUUGAUAUGUAGAAUCUACAUGUCACAUUGUUACCCC